CCUCUUUCUCUCAAGAAGGGAAAAAAAGAAUUUUCCCUUAGCCCACAACUGAAGCCAUCUGUCUCAACUGAAAAGCCUCGAAUUUCUGAGGAACACCAGCGCACGUUGGUGCCAUUGUACCAUGUAAAAAUCAGCAGCAACCACGCGUCAACAACGCCACCAGAUUUGAUAGAGGUGUACCAGCCCAAUUUGGAAGAUCAAGCCAUGGAAGGCUCCAAAUCCUUGCGCAAACGUCCCAAGGCGUAUGCAUUCCUCAAGAGCAUAUUGGAUCAACCGUUGCCGAAACUGCGAAAGUUUCUAUGGCUCAAUGGCGAUGAUGCGGAGGAAAACAAAGACGAAGACGAAGCCAAAACGGUUAAUCGUAUCCGGGUUAUCCUGACCGACUUUAUCUUGGUCUGCGAAAAACCAGCGUACCCCGGGGUCACCAAUGAGCGAACACCAUUCAUGGAGUCAUUGUCGCAUUGUCCAAGGCUUAUUCGGCAAUAUAUGGCAAUAUAUCUUUUGUUUGCUGGGACGAAUGGAAGAGAAGGACCAUGGCUUGACGUACUUGGGUGA